AUGAAUCUCCUCGACCCUUACCUGAAGAUGACAGAAGAACAGGAGAAAUGUCAUUCAGACGCUCCGAGCCCCAGCAUGUCUGAAGACUCAGCGGGCUCGCCGUGCCCGUCCGGCUCCGGUUCGGACACCGAGAACACCCGGCCGUCCGACAACCACCUCCUCAGGGGUCCGGACUACAAGAAGGAGGGCGAGGAAGAGAAGUUCCCGGUGUGCAUCAGAGACGCGGUGUCCCAGGUGCUGAAGGGCUAUGACUGGACGCUCGUACCCAUGCCGGUGCGCGUCAACGGCUCCAGCAAGAGCAAGCCGCACGUUAAGAGACCCAUGAACGCCUUCAUGGUUUGGGCUCAGGCGGCGCGGAGGAAGCUGGCCGAUCAGUAUCCGCACUUGCACAACGCAGAACUCAGCAAAACCCUGGGAAAACUUUGGAGGCUUCUCAACGAGGUGGAGAAGCGCCCGUUUGUGGAGGAAGCUGAACGCCUGAGAGUGCAGCACAAGAAGGAUCACCCCGACUAUAAAUAUCAACCGAGGCGGAGGAAAUCUGUUAAGAAUGGGCAAAAUGAAUCCGAGGAUGGCGAACAGACGCACAUCUCUCCGAACGCAAUUUUCAAGGCGCUGCAGCAAGCCGACUCUCCUGCGUCCAGCAUGGGCGAGGUGCACUCACCAGGAGAACAUUCGGGUCAGUCACAGGGACCACCAACACCCCCGACAACCCCAAAGACAGAUCUUCCCUCCAGUAAAGCUGACCUGAAGCGUGAGGGCCGCCCCAUUCAAGAGGGCAGCAGUCGGCAGCUCAACAUAGACUUUGGAGCUGUGGACAUUGGUGAGCUUAGCAGCGACGUCAUCUCCAACAUCGGCAGCUUUGAUGUUGAUGAGUUCGACCAGUACCUGCCGCCUCACAGCCACGCUGGGGUCGCUGGUGCAGCCCAGGCUGGCUACACAGGUAGCUACGGUAUUAGCACCGCCUCAGUCGGUCAGGGAGCCGGUGUGGGAGCUCAUGCUUGGAUGUCCAAGCAGCAGCAACAGCAGCAGCAGCAGCAUACUCUGACCACCCUUGGUGGAGCAGGAGAGCAAGGUCAACAGGGCCAGCAGAGAACCACCCAGAUCAAGACAGAGCAGCUCAGCCCGAGCCACUACAGUGACCAACAGGGAUCCCCGCAGCACAUCACCUAUGGCUCAUUCAACCUACAGCACUACAGCCCCUCUUCUUAUCCGUCCAUCACAAGAGCACAGUAUGACUAUUCAGAACACCAGAGCAGUGCCAACUCUUACUACAGCCAUGCAGCUGGCCAAGGUUCCAGCCUGUACUCCACCUUCAGCUACAUGAGCCCCAGCCAGAGGCCGAUGUACACCCCAAUAGCCGACAGCACCGGGGUGCCCUCUGUGCCGCAGACCCACAGUCCACAGCACUGGGAGCAGCAGCCGAUUUACACACAACUGUCCAGGCCCUGA